GCUCUUGCGCUCCAAUCGCCAAACUGCUAAUCCAGAAAGCGAGCUUCACGUGAAUCCCCAAAGACUGCAUUCAUCACUGCGCCGAUGGAUUGUAAAACGUUUGGAGGAGAGUCCUCCGAGGGAGACACCGAAGAUCUGGACAGAGUGAAAGCACUAACAGAAAAGCUGAAGUUGCAGACUCGCAGACCGUCCUAUCUGGAGUGGCAAGAGAGAGUUGAGAGUCGACCGUGGAGGGAAAGUUACCCUGCAGACAGCCCGGACUCGGGAGGACAAGUCGUCUCCAUGCCUGCAAUUCUGAGAAAUGAGAACUCAGAGCUAGUUGUGCGCAAUAUAUGUGGCUUUGAUACCAUCGAUGAUGCGUUGGUGUUUCUGAGAAAAGAGCUGAGGGAGAUGCAGGUUCAGGACAACCGGCUGGCCCGCCAGCUGAUCCGUCUGCGUGUGGAGAUCCACAGGCUGAAAGUGGAGCAGGUGUGUGGCCGUCAUAAGGAGAUGCUGGAUGAUGCCACAUACGAGUUGGAGGAGUGUGGCGAGGAGUCGGACCUGCUGUGUGACAUCCCCAUGAAGGCUGCCUUCGCCCUGUCCACCCCGCUCAAACACCUGGGCCUCACCAAGAUGAACAUCAACUCCAGACGUUUCUCACUGUGUUAAAAACCCUUUGUUCGUGUUUCUGAGAAUGUUCCGUUGGCCUCCUCUGUGUUGUGUUGGCUAGAUAUUAGGCUUAUUUCCUCACCAGGAGCUGAUGAUAGAGUGAAGAGUGGCUGCCAGCUAUUGGUGCCCUGGGUGGAAAUGAAAAUGAAUGUGUACCCUGGCUUGUCAUGCAUGAGGAAGCCUCAGUGUGCAGACCUGUAGGGGCACACACCCUUAAUGCAGACACACCUUCCUGCUGGACGGAGCCCGGGCUGCUCUACUGUUGACUGUUCUUUGCUACAUGUCAUGUUAAUCACAGUAGAUAGAUGAAGGCUUAGGGGUAGACUGAAAUGUACAGGAAGGAAUGGGCAUUAUAUCUUAUGCCCAGGGAUUUGGUAUUGUAAAAAAAAAAGUUUCACUUGUGCCAAAGAAGUGCAAAACAGUUACAGGGAGACUAAUCACUUGCUAAAAAAUUGCCAUAGAAGAAGCCUUUUUCAGCCCUUCUGAGUUUGCAGGUAUGGUGGUUCUCAACCUAGGGUUCAGAGCAGUGGUGUAGUCUAAUGUAUUAUAGUGUGUAUGCUGUACUAUAUAUAUGAAUAUAUUGGCCUAUAUAUAUGGACCAGAAUCUGCCUUUAGGGGAAUGGGGGGCAUAUCAUAGUGGGGGGUCUGUCCUCCCCCAGGGAAGUUUUGAGCGUCAACAACUUCAUUUCCUGCAUUUGGAUACACUUAAUGCACCAAUUUACGGUGGAAAUAUACCUUUAUUUUGCCUAUGCGAAGAAAAAGAAAACGGAUGACAUUCAACAUAUCAAAAAUAUAAUGGAAAGGAUGUUGUUGCGUGUAUUGGACAUUUUAA